AUGAUCACCAGUGACCUGCUCCGAAAUGUAGGCGUUCGACACAUCUGGAUCUUCAGCAGUUUCGUGACAGCCAUGCAUCUUGCAGAAGUGUUGCUGUUAUGUUCAUGUUGCACUGUUUUGUCAGCGAAGUCAAGUCGCCCGAACAUUAUUUUCAUCCUCGCUGACGAUUACGGAUUCCAUGAUAUCGGGUACCACAAGUCGGAGAUAAAAACACCAAAUCUUGACAAGUUAGCCGCGGCUGGCGUGAAGCUGGAAAACUACUAUGUCCAGCCUAUCUGCACCCCGACACGGUCCCAGUUCAUGUCAUGGAAGUACCAGAUUCACACUGGUUUACAACACGGUAUCAUCUGGGACGCUCAGCCCAAUGGCCUUCCUCUGGAUAGUCCCACAGUAGCAGACAAGAUCAAACAGGCCGGCUACUCCACCCAUGCUGUCGGCAAAUGGCAUCUGGGCUUCUACAAGGAUGCCUACCUGCCUUCCAAUCGGGGAUUUGAUUCAUACUAUGGCUAUCUGACAGGCAGCGAGGACUACUUCACACACAUACGUUGCGACAACCACGAUUCCAGAUACUCGUUUUGUGGCCUUGACUUACGUAACAAUACAAACCCAGUUUUCAAUGAGACUGGCCACUAUUCAACGUAUCUGUUUACGGAGAGGGCCAUCAGUGUGAUCAAGGAUCAUGAUGAGUCCAAACCAUUUUUCCUGUACGUCGCCUAUCAGUCUACGCACGCACCUCUGCAGGUCCCAGGGAAAUAUUUGAAUCCGUACAGCCACAUCAAGGACUUGAACAGGCGCAGUUUUGCCGAGAAUGUCUGCACUUAUAGGAGAGCCACCAAAACAGAUGUGAAGUGCAGCUGGCUUAAUGCACCAAAGAGUAAAAUAAGACCAGAGAUAGCCACCAUGGAGGAGCUUUUUCCCCCUCGCAAACCUAAUUACAACCAGUCCGACAUCUUGACACAACCCAAGGGAGCUAAGCUUUUUAACAACACCUUCGACACGCGGAUCAGAGCAGCUAUACGAGUUGGAGACUGGAAGCUCAUCACAGGAAGUCCAGGUUUUCUUCCUCCAUCCUCGGGAAACGACAGCUGGAUUCCGCCGCCACAUCUCAGUAAGGAGACGGUUGUUGACAAGGAUGAUAAGGAGAAGAAUCUUUGGCUGUUUGACCCAAAUGAACACAAUGACUUGUCAGCAUCACAACCAGGCAUUGUUAAGAAGCUUCUGGACCGACUAGAGUACUACCAGAAAACAGGAAUACCCCCCAGGUACCCUGAUCCUGACCCCAAGUGUGACCCCAAACUACAUGGAGGGGUGUGGGGGCCGUGGGAGUAAACAGAACUUACUCUACAGUAGAGUAGGUGGUUUAGGUUGUCUCUG